UUCAACUAACAUAUGCAUAGAUUCUUUCUUCACCCUAUACUAGUCUUCUUCCCUUUUCCCUCUCAGUCCUUUCUCUCUCUUCUCUCUCUAAAAACACAAAAAUCAAAAGCAGAAGAAAUCAGACGAGUUGGUUUUCGCGUUACCCUUCUCUCUUCCCUGAAAGAAAAUUGCAGAAUCAGUGGAAAGAAGAAGGAUCAUAGCAAGGGCAUUUCAGUAAUUUCGGUUCUCUCUCUGUCCUCCAUGUUCACAUCCACUAACUUGAGUACCAACAACGACACUCCCUUCUUCUCCGGCGGCGGCGGCAGGUUUUCAUUUAUGGCCGCGGCGGCGGUGCCAUCCUCUCCGGUGGUGCUCUUCACGGCCUUGGCUGGCCUUGCUCUCGUCGCUGUCAUCUUCUACAGUGCCAGUAGGUAAAAAACCGAAGAAACCCUCAAAUGAACAAAUUAGAGAGAGCAUCGCAAUCGCAAAAACCCUAGCUCACUGUCUCACUCAGACCUAGAUGAUAUUGUUUUCGAUUCCGAUUUCUUUACACUAAAAGGGGGAAGAAAAAGUGUGCGUAGAAGGAAUUUAUAGAUGAAUCCCCUUAGAAAAAGUCUCAAUUCAUCUUCGUCGUCUUCGAAUUCCUCUCCUUCUUCAUCAUCGUCAUCAUCGUCGUCAUCUUCGUCGUGGAUCCAUUUGCGUUCGGUUCUAUUCGUUGUCACUUCUUCCUCACCAGCUUCUUGUUCGUCCUCUGAUCGGGGACGUCUUAAAUCACCAUGGUCACGCAGGAAAAGAAAACAUGUCCUUUCACCUCAGCAAUGGAAAAGCUUGUUUACCCAAGAUGGGAGAAUUCGGGACGGAGGAAUUAAGUUCGUGAAAAGAGUUCGCAGUGGAGGCGUCGAUCCUAGUAUUAGAGCUGAAGUUUGGCCAUUCCUACUUGGAGUCUAUGACUUGGACAGUACCAAAGAAGAAAGGGAUGUUAUAAGAACUCAAAAUAGAAAGGAAUAUGAGAAACUCCGCAGACAAUGCCGGCAACUCCUAAAGCUCAGCAGUGGGAGCUUUCAGUUAAAUGAAAUAGGUGGAAUCAACUAUGACGGAGAUAGUGGAAGUGUUAUUCAAGAUUCUGGUUCUCCUAGUUCUGAAGAUGCAACGAGUGCCAGAGAAUCCCUUUCUAGUGAGGAACGGAGCCCAGAUGUUGAAUAUUCAGAUGAUCCAUCUAGUGCCCUGUUGCAAGGAGAUGAUGCUCCUAACGUCAGCAAUGCUGAUGCCUCUGCACUGGAUACUGAUUCCACAGAUUCAGACUCCUCGGAAGGUCCUGAGGUAAUUCAGUCAUUUCCUUCUGACGAUGGCCUGGAAGAGAACAAUUCCAGGACAGCUUCCAAGGGAAAUUCUUCUCCCUCUCAAAUUGAAGCCCCAUCAAAACUAACUGAUGAAGAUUUUACCACAUGGCAACGGAUCAUCCGACUUGAUGCAGUACGUGCCAAUGCAGAAUGGAUGCCAUACUCCCCCUCUCAAGCUGUUGUACCGGACAGUAGGGCGUUUCGCUCUGCUGAAGCUGUUGGCUUGAAGGAUUAUGGUCACCUGGAUGCCAGCAGAAUCUUUCAUGCUGCUCGACUAGUUGCUAUUCUUGAAGCAUAUGCACUAUAUGACCCUGAAAUUGGCUACUGCCAGGGUAUGAGUGAUCUGCUAUCUCCUAUAGUUAGUGUUAUAUCAGAAGAUCACGAGGCUUUCUGGUGUUUUGUUGGAUUCAUGAAGAAGGCUCGGCAGAAUUUCAGGCUUGAUGAGGUGGGUAUUAGGAGGCAACUCGAUAUAGUUGCAAAAAUUAUCAAGUUUAAGGAUGCCCACCUGUUUAGGCAUUUGGAGAAGCUCCAGGCCGAGGAUUGCUUUUUUGUGUAUAGGAUGGUGGUGGUAUUGUUUAGAAGGGAGUUGACAUUUGAACAGACUCUUUGCCUUUGGGAAGUAAUGUGGGCAGAUCAAGCAGCCAUCCGGGCUGGUAUUGGGAAAUCUGCAUGGAGCAGAAUUAGGCAGCGUGCUCCUCCAACAGAUAAUUUAUUGCUUUAUGCAAUAGCUGCAUCAGUGUUACAGAGAAGGAAAUUGAUAAUUGAAAAGUAUAGCAGCAUGGACGAGAUCAUUAAGGAAUGCAAUGGCAUGGCAGGACACCUUGAUGUUUGGAAGCUUCUGGAUGAUGCCCAUAACUUGGUAGUCACUCUUCAUGACAAAAUGAAAAUAGAGACAUCUUUCCGAUGACUGCACUUGAUCCUUAAACAAACUAGUUUAUAAUAUCGUCAAAAGAUCCUUACUUUCAGGCUACCAGAUUUCUCCUCCGCAUCUCAAAAUAAGCACUGCCAAUGCUGAGUUCAUUACAACUAAGCCUGCUGCUUGCUUAAACCUGCCACUGUUUAGUUACAAGACUUGGUUUCCACAUUGUGGCUAAUGUAAGGAUUGGAGUUAGCCAGAUUUGUGUGGCAUCUUUUUUUCAUUUUUUCUCUUUUCCGUUAGCUCCAUCCUUUUCUUUGUUUUUCCUUUUUUAAUUCUGAUUUGAGGCACAUCUCGAAGCACCUUUACGAAAAGCAGGUGGGUAGGUGCAUGUUACCGUUAGAGGAGGCCGAGAUAUUGUCGACAAUUAUGAAUGUUGUCCUUUUUGACUGAAUCUGAACUCAUGAGACCUUUGACUAUUUGAGCUGCUGACCAAGUUGUAUGAUCAUGUGAGUUUGAGAGGAUAUCUUCGGUAUAUUUAGUUGCU